AUGGCUGCUGGCGAUCGCCGCCCGGCGGCAACUCUGCCGGCGGUGCUUAUCCUCCAGGCCGAGGGAGUUCUGGUAGACUGGUACCGGCGCGGAGAAGUGAUCGUCAUCGAUCUAGGCAACACCUACUCUUGCGUCGCCGGCUACACCGGCACCGGCAAGACGACCGACAACGACGACACCAUGUUCCAGUUGUGCAUCCCCUCAUGGGUCGCCUUCACCGACAACGGCACUGCCCUCGUCGGCGAGGCCGCCAAGAACCACGCCGCCGCCGACCCCGAGGCCGCCAUCUUCGGUUUCAAACGCUUGCUCGGGCUACGGCGAAACCGCUGGCACGACGAGGACAUCGUGCAGGGAGCCAUCCAGCGCGUGCCGUACAAGAUCGGUACAAGAGACUACGACACGACGAUCAUCCAAGUGACGGCCAGCGAUGGUUCAGUGAUCAAGCAGCUCGAGUUCAGCGAGGUCGCGUCCAUGGUAGUGGCUGAGCUCAAGAACAAGGCCGAGGAGUACCUAGGCCGCACGGUCGAGUACGCCGUCAUGACCGUCCCAUUUCAUUUCGCCGAGGCGCACAGGGGCGCGGCCGAGUACGCCGGCAAGAUGGCUGGGCUGGACGUCGUCUGGACGGUCACAGAGCAGACCGCCGCUGCCGACGCUCACGGUCUGCACACGAAGCUGCGCGAGCGCGGCGCCGCGCUUGUCCUGCGUGUCGGCGGCGGCACGGCCGACGCGAGCGUUUUGGUGCUCCUGGAUGGCAGGUUUGAAGUCUUUCGGUAUCGGGAUGACCCUUUCCUUGGAGGAGACGAUUUUGACGAUAGGGUUGUGGAGUACUUCGCCAAGCGGAUCAAGUUCGAGGAACUGAAUGACGAUCUCUUCACCAAAGUCAUGGACUUGGUGGAAAACGUCAUGGUGCGAGCUGGAAUAGAGAAGAGCAAGAACAAGAUCAGUGAGAUUGUUCUCGCAGGUGGGAGCGCCAUGAUACCCAAGAUUCAAAGCCUCGUCAAGGACUACUUUAACGGGAGGGAGCCAAACAUACGGGUGAAACCAGAUGAAGUGAUUGCUCUUGGAGCCGCAGUUCACGUCCAUUCUCUUUAG